UUAAAAUCAACCCUUCUUUCCCAAUCAUCUCUCAGACCUCACAAUCUCUUCCAAAUAAAGAAGAGAUAUUCUAACUUCUAACUCAAAUUGUUCACUUCCUCUGUUUUGUCUUCUUCACCAAAACAACACAAUGAAGAACACAAACAACACCAACACAAAACUCAUCCUCCUCCACCCAUACAUCCAAAAACAAGGAAGCUCCAACCGAUUAUGGCUUCUUGCUUUCAUCUCAAUUCUCACCCUCGCUUUCCUAGUGACUCUCAUAUACACCAGAGAAUCCACCUUCAUCACCACUUCAACAACUUCCUCUGUUAUUCCCUCCCCUGUUUCUGGAUUAGGCUCUGCACCAUUACCAGCCACAGUGAUCAACACGCUCCUCCACUAUGCCGCGAAAUCCAACGACACGUUCCACAUGCCUUACUCCGACCUCAAACCCAUAUCUGAUAUGCUCAGAAAGUGCUCUUCGCCGUGCAAUCUUCUCAUCUUCGGCCUCACCCACGAAACCCUCCUCUGGAAAGCCCUGAACCAUAACGGCAGAACAGUGUUCAUAGAAGAAAACCGCUACUAUGCUGCAUAUUUUGAAGAAAAGCACCCUGGAAUUGAUGUCUUUGAUGUUCAAUACACAACCAAACGGAGCGAGAUGAAGGAGCUCAUAGCUUCAGCGAAAGAGCAAGUAGCGAAUGAGUGUAAGCCGGUACAGAAUUUGUUGUUUUCAGAUUGCAAGCUUGGGCUCAAUGAUCUUCCCAACCAUGUGUAUGAGGUUGAUUGGGAUGUUAUUUUGGUGGAUGGGCCGCGUGGCGAUUGGCCGGAUGCUCCGGGAAGGAUGUCAGCGAUUUUCACCGCCGGCGUCCUAGCCAGGAGCAAGAAGGGCGGGAACCCAAAGACUCAUGUGUUCUUGCAUGAGUUCAAUGGAGAAGUGCAACAGGUUUGUGGGAAUGAGUUUCUUUGCAAGGAGAAUUUGUUGGAGGGGAGUGAGAGUUUGGGACAUUAUGUGUUGGAGAGGAUGGAUGAGACGAGUGUUCAUUAUUGUAAGAAUCACUCGUCGUCUUCGGGGCGAGGGAAUUCUACAUCUACUUAGCACAUAUUGUUUGGUUCCACAUUUGAAAUUCACGUUAGACGUCAAAAUCAUGUUAUCAUGUUUAGACUGCAUGUGCCCAACACACAUCCAAACAUGGUGUUAGUUAUUGUCUCCACUCUACUCAGAAUCAUCUUAGUCACAAUUGGUUCCUCAUCCUUUCUUCUGGGUAUUUAUCAUCCAUUCUUACUCUCCAUUGCUACUUUUUGUUUACUUCUUUGGCUGUUGUUUGUAAAGAAUAAUUCUUUCUUUACCUUUUUCAUUUUAUGGCACUCAAAGUGAAAAAUUGAAAUUUCUUCAAUGGAUGCAAGCUUCCAAAUUCGAUUUA